AUGCGGUGCUCCAUCCGUGUCCUUCCGUGGGUCUCCUUUUCUUGUUCGCGGGCCGCGGAGCGUCUCCCGGGCUCCGGCCGUACGCGCCGCCCCGUCCGUCCUCGCUGGGCGCCGCACCCGAAGCGGGUCUCCGGCUUCCCGCUGGUGGCUGAAGCGUCAGGGCCGCGCGCAGCGAUGGGGCUCUCCAGUGCACGGACGGACGGGCCCCGGUCACUCCUGGGACCUCACUUGUGUACGCAGCUGUGCAUGUACGAGGACUUUAAAAGCGUUUUAUCUAGCCUUUUGGCAUCAGCUGGGCCUCGGCCGUACACUUUCCGAGGUUACAUCGUAGCUGCCGGCCCGGGACUUGGCUUCAGGACCCCUCUUCCUGGGACGCAGGCACGCGGUCACAGAAGAACGGCACACGUCGCCCUUGGGCGGGAGCUGGCCUGCGCUCCGCACGUCAGUGGCUUCACCGGGUGCCCGUGGCGGCCCCUCCCGUUCCGCUUUCGCUGCCCUGGCUGCUGCGCGGCGCCCGCGGGCCGCCUGACGAAGCGCUUCUGUGAAUGCAGCGCGUCCCUGCGGCGGCCGCUGGUGCAGGCUUGCCCGCGGCGCUGCCACCCGGAGCUCCUGCCCAGGCUGACUGAGUGGCGCCUCGGUGGUUUUAGCGGCUCACUUUCCUGUAGCGCAAAAACGGCCAUCUCAUAG